CUCUCCAGCUAUCAUUUUCACUGAUGAUAAUAAUUUUGGCGUUCAUUUCCAAAAAUGUAUGCUGUAUUUAUUAUUCUGUGAGAUAAAAUGGUCUAGACAUUUAAAAAAAUAAAGCGAUGAUGAUGAUAUAAAAACAAAAUUAUUAUUAUCGAUUGUGUUACGAGAAUGAGCCAAGAAAAAUGUUGCAAAUUUUUUACAUUGAUAACAACAAUAUUAAUGUUGACGUAUACAUGAAUAUAAACACAAUAAUAACAUGGCCAUAGACGAUCGACCUUCGGAUACAUAUAUUUCGAUCUGCGCAUACAAAUUUUUUAUGCUAUUGCGCAUCAUAUAGACAAUCAUCAAUAGCAUCCUGUCACUAUGCCACUAUGCAAGUGUAGCAUUUUUUUUUGUUGUUUGUUUGGCUAUUUUUUCAUUUCAUUUCGUUUGUUGUAAAGGCGGUAAUAAAAAUGUACAUUAUUCUUUUCAUUAUUUCGUUUCGGUGUCGUGGUUGGUAGUGAUAAUUUUCGGUCUCCAAAAAAAAACUAUACGCUCAACAUCUAUACCCGAAAAAAGAAAGUCAAUUCCUUAGAUUCCGUUUCGAAAUGUCUUUUUUUCAGCCAACCAAAGAGUUUGCCUUUACAAAUUGUUCUUUGGUUCUACGAAAAAAAAGAUUUUGGUCAUUUCGAAAUUCGAUUACUAUUCCAUUUUAUUUGUAUGACGCAAUUUAUCACAACCGAAUAUUGUCUACAUUUUUUGGUUAAUUCUUAUUUUUUCCAAACAAUGAAACUUAUCAUCAUAUCCUUCAUAAUUCAUUAAUCUACGGGUCAAAAAUUUUUUUUUAUUUAAAUGAAUAUUUCAUUUCUACAUCAUUAAAUGCUUUGAAGAUUAACUGAUUCACCAAAGAAAACGAAACCGGAACAAUCGAACAAUUUCUAUUUCUAUGCUCAAACUUGAUUGGAAAAUUUGUAUUCGAAUCAAAUCUAACCGAAUCUACCUCUAUUCAUUCUUUUUGGCAUAAAUUUGAUUUUUUUUUCAAUUUUUACAUUUCAUUAUUACCAUCAUAUACAAUUUGAAACGGGUCAAAAAUACAAAUACUCUCUCUCUUCUCUCGCUACUUAAAAUCAUUUUUCUACUUGACGAAAUUAUUACUUAUUUUCUAUUGUGUUCAUUCGAAUGAAUGAACAGAUUUGUUUCCAUCUCACUGGAUACAUCAUCGAGAGAUUCAAAAAUGGAAGAUAUUCAAACCAAAUCGAAAGCUACUGAAGAUGCAAAUUCCGAAUCAGCUAUCUACAAUGAUUCUAAAUUAUUGCUUAAGAUACCUAAAUGUUCACGUUGUCGUAAUCAUGGUUUAUUAAAUUCGCUCAAAGGUCAUAAACGUACAUGUCCACAUCGAGAUUGUAUUUGUUCAAAAUGUUUUCUGAUUAGUGAACGACAAAGAGUUAUGGCUGCACAAAUUUCACUUCGUCGCCAACAAGAGAUGGAAGAUAAAAUCAAAAUAUUAUCACAAAUGCAGCAUAAUUCUGAUGACAUCAUUGAUAUUGGUGUAGGAAAAAAACGAAUGAAAUUAUUGUCAUCAAUAAUGAAAGAUCAAAGUAAUAAAAAUGCUUUAAAUCAGAUGGCCAUUGCUGUUGUUGACAAUACAGCCACCAAUAUUAGUUCAUUGCCAAAAGCAGAUCAUGCAUUCAACCCAGUUACAAAUCGUCUGGAAACAUUGAUUGAAGUUGUGCAAGAACAAUCUCAACCACCACCGCCACCACCACCACCACCACCAAUAAUAAAGGAAUCGAAUAUUUUCAAGACAAAAUCCUCAAAUAUGGAUUCAGCUACAAGCAGCAGUGACAAUAAUAUGGCAGCAGUAUUUGAUGAUGAACCAUUUGAAUCAUUUAAUAUACCAUAUAUCAGUGAUAAUUCUAGCUCAUUUUUAGAAGAUACUGGAGGUGAAGAUCCGAUUAGUGGCCAUCAUUUGAACCGUGAUGAACAAGAUUCGAUUGCUGGCAAAAUAAGUGAUCUUUCGGUUAAGCUUUCAAAAAGUGGCUUUAAUCUGGAUGAGAAUUUUAAAACUCAUUGUCUUUUGGCCACAAUUAUUAAUGAUAAUGAUGGCAACAUUGAUGAAAGUUUUGGCAAAAUUAUGCGAUCUAUCAUUAAGUUUAGUCAGUUGGUAUAUGAUGACCAUUGUAAAAAAACAGAAACCAAGGGCAAUCGUAAAAGUAAUCAAGCAUCAGCAAAAAUAGGAGCCAACAACGCCAAACGAGAACAAACAAAUUUUCAUCAAAGUUUUGAAUCGCCUCAUCAUUACGAUGAAAAUCGUAUCAAAUUGAGUACUAAAGAUGAUCCGGUCACCAAACAUCAUGCAGCAAUAAACUUGGAUAAAAAACCAUUAAAAAUGUUCAAUAUCGAUUCGCCUUCAUUACUUUCGAAUACAACUAAAAUAUCAUCAUCGCCGUCAACAACACUUACUUCCAUUGUACCGAAAUCACUCGCCAUGCCAUUGGCAACAUUGAUCAAUCAGGGCAUUAUUCCUCAACAACAGCUAACAAAAAAUGUCAAAGAUUUAUCAAUGUCCGGCAACUUGUCAGCAUUGCAAGUACAAUCGAACAACAAACAUCUAGUAUUCGUUAUUAAUCCUCAAUCGACGUCGUCAAAUAAUGCACCAAAUCAAUUGAACGAUUCUCAAGCCAAAAUUCAGUUACCAGUUUCAUUGAUGAUUCCAUCUACUUCUGCUACCAAUCUAAGCAGUUUCAGUAUCGAUGGUAACAUUGGUGAUCAUGAUAAAUUGCAAUCACCACCACCACCACAACAAGUCACCAAAAUUAUUGAUCCAAAACAAAUUUAUGCCUCCACUCCUAUAGCUGGUACAAACAACUUAACACCAGAAGUAAAUAAUCUCGAAACAUCAGCCACUUCAAUUUUGAAAGCUCAAUUGUCUUCAUCGUCGAAUAAUAAUCCAUCAUCAUCAUCAUCAACGACAACAACAACAACAACAACAUCAUCAAGUAUUUAUACUAGAUCGGAUGGUGGUUUAGCUGAAAAAUCCUUCACAGCAUUGGUUUCGAAUGGAGUGAUGGGACCUCAGCAUAAAAUCGGUAUGCAAUCUCUAUCAACAACAUGUAUCAUUGAACCAAGCCAAUCAAGCCUUGUUUCAUCAAUGUCUCAAAAUAUGAAUAUUGUUCGUGAAUUAUCAUCAUCAUCGACAACAAUAUGGAGCUCAAAUAAGGAUAAAAAUUCUCCCGAUUUAAAUGACGGCAAUAAAGGAUCUCGUAUUAGCCAUGUUACAAUCUUGAAUAGGAACCGAGCCAAACUUGCCAAGUUGCGAAAUUCGAAUAUUCAAUCAUCUGAUAACGACAACAAUAAUGAUUCACAAAUGGAAUCUUUAAAUCCGGUUUAAUCAAUCGAGCUAUUCAAUUGAAAUUUCAUAAUUUCAAAGUGUAACUUUGUUCAUUGUAAAAUUGAUUAAUUCAUUCUCGACUUUUUCAGUUUUUUCUUU